GUCCAGCCAUUGUUUCACGUCUUCCACGUUCUCUCUCCUCACGCAGCGUAUACGUCGCUGCGCUGUCACCUCAGUGCGCAGAACAGCAUUACGCUAGACUGGAAACUAUCGCUGGUCGCAAGCAGAUAUGAUUCGGAGGCCUCCCACGAUGAUCCCGAUGACGGAAAUGGACGUCCAGCAGGUCAGCGACGCGAUAACGCGCCAGAGAGCUGCGAAGCUGGCGAAGAAACAGGGCACUACGCAGGCGAAGACAUCUUCCACACCCAUCCAGCCAUAUCAUCAUGCGGAGGAGGCAAAGAAGAAGAGAGAAGCCAUGACGAAGGACGAACGGCUCGGGCUGCGGUGAAGGUGGAUACCUCGUGGAUGUAUCUCCCGUCCCUUGUAUUGCUAGAGAUUAAUAUUGGCUGCGAAGCACGGAUACGAAGUGUAAUCUAAGUCGUCCUCUUUCUGUACGCGUUUGUGUUCGUGCCCGUAGCAG